UUGAACUUCUCCCUCUCUCACCUUCUUCUCCCUCCCUACUGUCUUCCUCUCUCUCCCCCACCUUCUACUUUAUGUAGUUUUUUUAUCUUCCUUGUUGUUUUCUUUCUCUCUCUCUCUCUCUAUCUGUACCUGUCUAUGCUACUCCUCUCAUUCACUCAUCCUCUUCCUCCUAACUCUCUCUUUCUCUCUCUAUUACUCUUUCCUAGUCAAUUUUUCCCUUCUUUUAUUUUCUUCCAUUCUCCGGCCUGCUUUUUUCUGUCCAUCAUUUUCUCUAUUCAGGGAGGCAAGACUUUGAUUAAAGAACAAACGAAUAAGCAUACAUUCCUUCACAAACCAGUUGUCCUCUCUCUUUUCUGUCUCUGUGUUUGUUGUUUCUUUCCUUAUUUCUGUCUAUUUCUCUUUCUGCUGCUGUCUCUCUCUCAUUCUCUGUCUCUUUCUUCUCUAUCUCUGUUUUUGUUUCUUUCUCUGUCUGUUUAUCUUUGUUUAUGUCUCUCUUUUUUCUCACUUUCUAUUUCUUUCUCUGUCUCUCUUUCUUCUUUUGUCAUGUUCUCUGUCUUCCUUUCUCUCACUCUUUACAAACAUCUCUCAUUUUUUUUUCUCUUUUUCUUUAUCUCUCUUACUAUUUGCAUCCAUUUCUCUUUCAUUUUUCUCAUGGUUUUACUCCUCUCUCCAUCUCUGUUCAUACCCAUCACUUCCUCAUUUCUUUCUGAUUUCUCCCUUUCUUUUUAUCUAUUACAUCAUCUUUUUAUUCCCUCUUUCUCUUCUUGUUUAUUUAUCUCUCUCUUUCAAUCUUCCUCCUUUCACUCAUCUCAUUUGCUCUCUCUUUUUCCACAUUUUUUGACUUCACCUAUCCCUCUAUAUAUAUUUCUCUCUUUCUUUCUCUAUCUUUUUGCUCACACCAUUUCUCUUUUUAGUUUCUCCUCUUCUUUUUCUGUCUCUCUUUUUCCUCUCACUUGGUUGAUAUAA